CGAUUGUGAUUUGAGGAGCCCCGAAGAGAAGGGCGUCGUCCAAGCUACGACAAUGUCCAUGUUAUAUAAGCACAGUAGCGUUUGGGUAAGAUAGAUAGGCACAAGAUAGGAAGAAAAAUCCAUGGAGCUCCUCCUCUUGCUGCCGCUUGUGAUUUUUCUGUCCAUCUAUUGCGCCCAUGGCAGAUCCAUCACCAUGCAUGUCCUCUCGGAUGAAGGCGAUGGCACGCCCAUACCAAGCACUCUCUUUGGCAUUUUUUUCGAGGAGAUCAAUCACGCUGGAAACGGUGGACUUUGGUCUGAGCUCGUGAGCAAUCGAGGCUUCGAAGCUGGUGGACAAAACACACCCUCCAACAUUGCGCCAUGGACCCCGGUUGGAAGCUCCUCGGAUGUUUUGCUCGCCACCGAGCGUGCUUCUCCGUUCGCGAGAAAUCCCAUCGCCUUGCGAGUGGAGGUUUUGUGCGAUAGCUGCCAGGCUCCUGUUGGUGUAGCCAAUCCUGGCUACUGGGGAAUGGACGUUCGUGCUGGAGACGAGUACAAAAUUAUUUUCUGGUUGAAAGCAGCCACAUCCAGCAGUGUCGUUGUCUCCUUUGUAUCUUCCGACAGUUCUGUGACACUGGCUCAAAGUGACACGAUCAACGUCGAUGGCACGAAGGGGUGGACAAAGCAGGAGAUCGUCUUGAAAGCACAAGCCACAGAUCAUUAUGCCCAGCUGACAGUCACAAGCAAAGAAAAAACAGUCUUUUGGAUUGAUCAAGUCUCCGCGAUGCCUGUGGAAACUUACAAGGGACACGGAUUUAGAAAAGAUUUGGCUCUCAUGCUCGAAGAACUCAAGCCUCGCUUCAUUCGAUUCCCAGGAGGAUGCUAUGUUGAAGGUGAGAGACUCCAAAAUGCUUGGAGAUGGCGAGCCUCGGUUGGUCCAUGGGAAGAAAGGCCCGGCCAUCUCGGCGACGUGUGGGGGUACUGGUCCGACGAUGGAAUCGGCUACUUUGAGUUCCUCCAACUUGCAGAAGACUUGGACGCAUUGCCAAUAUGGGUGUUCAACAAUGGCGUUAGUCACACGGAUGAAGUUGCUACUUCACUUAUUGGACCUUUCGUCCAGGAAGCUCUGGAUGGACUGGAAUUUGCUCUUGGCUCCAGCUCUAGCAAAUAUGGAGCAUUGCGUGCUCAGAUGGGUCAUCCAGAGCCUUUUAAUCUCAAGUAUGUCGCGAUAGGAAACGAGGACUGUGGAAAGCAGUACUAUAGAGACAAUUAUCUCCAAUUCUACUAUGCCAUCAAGAAAUACUACCCCGAUAUUAGCAUUGUCACAAACUGCGAUGGAUCAUACAGACAACUCGACCAUCCAGCCGACCUCUACGAUUUCCACAUUUAUACGUCCGCUAGCAAUCUCUUCAAUAUGAAUCACCAGUUCGAUAAGAUAUCUAGAAACGAUGGACCAAAGGCGUUUGUGAGUGAGUACGCGGUCACUGGCAACGAUGCUGGCCGCGGGAGUCUCUUGGCUGCACUCGCAGAAGCAGCAUUCUUGAUUGGCAUUGAGCGAAACAGUGAUGUUGUGCAUAUGACAAGCUACGCUCCCCUCUUUGUAAAUAACAACGAUCGCAGAUGGAAUCCAGAUUCUAUAGUCUACGACUCGUGGCAAUCGUAUGGAACGCCAAGCUACUGGGUCCAAAAGUUCUUCAAGCUCUCAAGUGGAGCUACACUCUUACCCUCCAACAUUACGGGCAGUACCAAUGUUAAUAGCGUGGUAACUUCGGCAAUUCGUUCUUCAGACACAAACGAUCCAUCCAUCAUCGUAAAGGCCGUGAACUUUGGAAACAAAGCAGUGGGGCUUAAGCUCAACAUUGAUGGAUCAUUCUGGAAUUCCGCAAACUCCACUGCUGUGAUUCUCACGUCAAACAACGUCAUGGAUGAAAAUUCUUUCAGCAAUCCCACGAAGGUGGUUACCAAGACUGUGACAAUGUCUGGGAAAAAUCAAAUGGGAAUAACGUUGCCUGCUUAUUCCUUCAUGGCCAUCACCGUUCCUUCGCUGGGCAGCAACUCGAGAGAUAGCGAGCUUCACUCUGAUAUGUAAAUCCAAAUGUGAUAUACGCCUGUAUUAAUCAAAUUCAUGCUAAAACAUUAUCUUUGAGA